GUCUCCCCAGCGUCAUACGUCUUAUUAUGCAAUACCUAAAAGAAAACAGUUUGCAUCGUGCAUUGGCUACUUUGCAAGAAGAAACAACAGUGUCUUUAAACACUGUGGACAGUAUCGAGAGUUUUGUGGCGGACAUUAACAGUGGACAUUGGGAUACAGUUCUGCAAGCCAUACAGUCACUAAAGCUGCCAGAUAAGACACUCAUUGAUCUCUAUGAACAGGUGGUAUUGGAAUUGAUUGAACUUCGUGAAUUGGGAGCCGCUAGAUCUCUCCUGAGACAAACUGACCCCAUGAUCAUGUUAAAACAGACCCAGCCUGAAAGAUACAUUCACUUGGAAAAUCUCUUGGCAAGAUCAUAUUUUGACCCACGUGAGGCUUAUCCUGAUGGCAGCAGCAAAGAAAAGAGAAGAGCAGCAAUAGCUCAGGCCCUUGCUGGAGAAGUGAGUGUAGUGCCUCCAUCACGUCUCAUGGCGCUUUUGGGACAGGCAUUAAAAUGGCAGCAGCAUCAGGGACUUCUGCCCCCAGGAAUGACUAUUGAUUUGUUUAGAGGUAAAGCAGCUGUGAAAGAUGUAGAGGAGGAGAAGUUCCCCACUCAGCUGAGUAGGCAUAUCAAGUUUGGUCAGAAAUCACAUGUGGAAUGUGCUCGCUUUUCACCUGAUGGUCAGUAUUUGGUUACAGGAUCUGUAGAUGGGUUUAUUGAGGUGUGGAACUUUACUACAGGAAAGAUCAGAAAGGAUUUGAAAUACCAGGCUCAAGAUAACUUCAUGAUGAUGGAUGACGCUGUGUUGUGCAUGUGCUUCAGCAGGGAUACUGAAAUGUUGGCUACUGGAGCACAGGAUGGAAAAAUCAAGGUGUGGAAGAUUCAGAGUGGGCAGUGUUUAAGGAGGUUUGAACGUGCACACAGCAAGGGUGUGACAUGCCUUAGUUUCUCUAAAGACAGCAGUCAGAUCCUCAGUGCUUCCUUUGACCAAACUAUCAGAAUCCAUGGCUUGAAAUCUGGUAAAACACUUAAGGAAUUCAGAGGACAUUCCUCGUUUGUGAAUGAAGCCACCUUCACACAGGAUGGUCACUAUAUCAUCAGUGCAUCAUCUGACGGCACAGUCAAGAUGUGGAAUAUGAAGACCACAGAGUGUGUCAAUACCUUUAAGUCCCUUGGAAGCACUGCCGGAACAGACAUUACAGUCAACAGUGUCAUUCUCUUGCCGAAAAAUCCAGAGCACUUUGUUGUGUGUAAUCGCUCGAACACAGUUGUGAUUAUGAAUAUGCAAGGACAAAUUGUUAGAAGCUUCAGCUCUGGUAAAAGAGAAGGUGGUGACUUUGUCUGCUGUACACUAUCGCCCAGAGGAGAGUGGAUCUACUGUGUUGGAGAGGAUUUUGUGCUAUACUGUUUCAGCACUGUAACUGGCAAGCUAGAAAGAACCUUGACUGUCCAUGAGAAGGAUGUCAUAGGGAUUGCACAUCAUCCUCAUCAGAAUUUGAUUGGCACCUACAGUGAAGAUGGACUUCUGAAACUCUGGAAACCUUAA